GGGUGAAGUAAUGAAUUCUCAGGCUCUACCUUGUGUGUGAGGCCAGGGCAUACAUUUGGAAAGCCCUUUUCUGCUUCAGACUUGUCCUGUGGUGUUUCACCACUGGUUACUUUAGAGCCUGUGUCAGGAGUCUGUCUGUCACGGUUGUAAACACUGAUGUUCUCACCUACCUCUGUAGCUUGGGAGUCAGUUCCGACUCUGCUUGGUGUACCCGCACCCUUACUGGUGUUGGCAUGGACGAGCCACUCAGUAAGUGCUGACAGGAAGUGAUCCCGAAUCGAAGGGACUGCUGAGCACUGGUUAGCCUCUCGUCCAGACUGUUUUAGAAUUAAUCCAGCUUUGUAUCACACUUCUUGGCAGUUUUGCUGUCAUGUCUUUGAAACCGUAACAGCACUAAGGGCCUGAAUGAAGCUUAACUACAGAUGAUAUAGUUCCUCUCCUGGUACUCAAGUCCUUUCUGUACUACUUUCCAUUUCAGAGUUUAUUCCAUACUCUUAAGGGCGGAAAUGAAGAUCUUUUUGUGGUGCUGGGAAUCAAACCUAUGGUCAUGCUAGGCAGGCCCUCCCAUUGAGCUAUACCCAUUUCAAGGGUCUUUAAAUACCUUUGAUUUUGCUUCCCUAGAGAGUUUGGGUAUAUUUAUUUAAUUUUAUUGUGAAUUUAUUAGUAAUUUACCAAUAAAGAGUAUAUAAACUCAGUUUUUUAUAUCUUUUUUUUUUGUUCUAACUGUUGUACCAGCCAUCUAUAGUCAUCUUACAGCUUUCGAGAAGUCUGUUGCUUUGUUUAGUGUUUGAAAUUCCUGUCUGUCUGUUCCAUACUCUCCCAGCCCCUGCUCCCCAGCCCAGCCUAUGUAUUUGUUCUUUGCCUUGAGAAUUUAGGUUAUGUUGCACUCUAAGAAGUUCAGAAUCCAUGCUCGGUGCUAUGGACUCUUGCUUUCUAAUGUGUCCUGCAUACAUGAACAGCCUUUAUACUGACAGUGAAGUUUGUUUGAAGGAAGGAGUAGUUCCUUAGCUUUACCCCAUCCUUUCCCCGGAACAGAGAAGUUGCUGUCCUCCCUAUCUGCCUACUUUUUCUGCCACUCGGAUCAUUGGUCAACAUACUAGACCUUUCUGUGGUUUUAUGUUGAAUCUGGUAGAACAGUGUUCUGUUUUGAGCAGCUCUCAGGUCUUUUUCUCAGCAAAGCAGCUUUUAAAAUCCUAAACAUUGUGAAAGGUUAUAUGUAUUCCUGAGUGAAAUUUAAACCAGGUGGAAGUGGAAAAAUCUCAUGAACAAGAACCAACCGGAAGCCAAACCAAUCCAGAGUGUAGGCUGCAGAAGUAGAACAGUGCAUCCUGCAGGAUCGUCUCUAGGAGCUGAAGACUGCCUGCCCUCCCUGUCUCUGAAGGGCUGAGAGGUGGGGGCAGCAGCACUUGACUCAGGCUUGCUCUUCUGUCUUCCUUGGGACUUCAGCUGAUUCCACGCCAGUCAGAUUUGCUGGAGCCUAAUCCUGUGCAGCCCCAUCUGAGACACUUCGCUGCUGCCAAGCGUGACCUGGCACACAGACUGUAGAAACUUACAGCACUAAGAGACUGUCGGGAUUUGUGAUUCAAGGUUGCCGUCUUACAACUUCUAUUUUUUAUAUGGUUAUAUUGGGACUUAAAUUUGCAGAAAACUGCCCUGCAAGUUUGUUGUGGGUUUUUAUUCCAUAUUAAGUGGAAAGAUGACUACAUAGAAAAGUAGGAGAAAACAUGUCAAACAGUAUGUGUGGUGGUAUCCAAUUUUUUAAAAAUUAUUUCUCAAAAGUAAGGAGGGUAUAUAUGCUCCAAAAGGCUGAAGGAGAAGUGGCAAAUGCUAUGGUUGUCUAUAGGGGUAAUGUGUGUAGAUCCUUACUUUAUACUUCUCAUGCGUGCUUUUAACAGCAGAGUAUGUAUCUUAAGAUGGGGGAGCUCUUUGUUGAACCACAGAGCAUUACUCCUGCUCCUCCUGUGGCCAGUGCUCCUUCAUAUACUGAGUGAUGAGGAAAGCCUUCCGUACAUGUACAUACCCCAAGUCAUGUGCCUUAUGCACCUUAUGCUUGUGUACUUUGUCUUCACUCACCGGUUAAUAGCAUGUGCAUGUCACUGAAGGCUGCAUUUUAAAGAGGGGCCAGUAUGAGACCCAGUGUUUACUUCCAGUACAGUUCUGACUGGAUGGUUAACUCAUACAACCCCAAACACCAAACACAUUGCUUCUGAGGCUGUUCAGGGAGAUUGGUUAUUGUUGCUCAUCAGGUAAUAUAAGCUAAGCUUAAUAGCUGAGUAAGAAAAUCAUUAAGAAAUUUUCCCUUGUUCCUAAAGAGACCAUUUAAUUCUUAAAAUUAGUUUCUCCUCUGCUCAGAUUAUCCCUUUGCACCUACUUAGCUCGGCCUCGCACAUUGUGCCGUGUUCGUCAUUCAUUGGCAUGGAAAUACUGGCAUGGAAAUGAGAGCCGGAUCAUUUUUCUUACUUUCUUUCAGGAUUUGCAUUAUAUGCUGUGAAGACUAGUGGGGGUAACAGCAAGACAGAUUAUUAGCAAAGGAAGAGUGUUCUCAGGUUAGUAAGUUACAGGGAAACAACUGAGACAGUGACCACAAUGGUGGUAAAGACUGAGCCUUCUUACUCCAUUGGAUGAGUCAGAUACUGUGGUAAACACAUUUUAUUAUUGUCUCAUGUUUUCCAAGAAGACAGUGAAAUAUGAAAUUCAGAAACAGAAAAGUUAAAGCAGUGUCCAAGCCAUACAGUAGGACGUUGAACUCAGGUAUGUGAACUUUUAGCUUUCUUCCAUCGACAUUCAUACUCCAGUGGCCUGCUGCAGCCCAGCCACCCACUGUUGUAUUGGAACGUCACGUAGAGCGUAUGCGUCCUAGAAUACUAGAAAUAAAUACUAGGUUUCAGUUAGGGAAGACUCACAAGUGAAGGGAAUACUCGGCCUCUUGUUCUCUCUUGGUGAUCCUGUAGGAAAACAAGCCACAGUCCCUCUACUGGCGUGUCCUGACAAUCCAGCUUUGCUCGCGUCAGGCAAGUGUCUCCUUACAGGUCAGAGUAAUUUCAGUGUGUCCGCUGUUUUCUCUGUUGACCUACCAAGAACUGAAAUUGUCAGGACUGCUCGGGAAUUCUUGAGGUUCACUGCCUGGCACCAGUGGAAUUGAGGUGCCAUCCAGAACACGGAGUAGUCUUCAGGGUGGAGGAUGGAAGACGCUGAGCCUGUGAUGACGUAGAGCCGCCAGAGCACACCCAGACAGGCCACCGCUGAUUCUUUGGGAGAUCAAACAAACCUCUUGUGUUUGUGUACAGUUAGAUCUUUCUUACAGUUUCACACGUAUCCACCUUAUGUCCGUAUAUUGUCAAAUCUCUGCUUUUUGGUUUUGGAUAUUCUUUGACUGUAAAUUGUAGUAAGAAAGGCUUAUCACUGAUCCCACAUUAUUUUCGAUUCAGACUAUUAUAAACAUGUGGAAGUAGUUGGACCAUGAAAAAUACACAAAACCUUAGCAGUCAGAUUAAACAAGCUUUUUUUUUCCCUCGAUGGGGAGUAUUUCUUAAGUACUAAAAUUUCCUUAGGAUCCCUAGUGAGGAACCUUAGCUCUCCUAAGGAAGUAGGUAGGCUGAGAAUUGUCUUUAUAUUUCUCUUAGAGAUGGCAGAUUAGAAAACUGAGUUGGGAGGCUUUUCUAAGUAUAAAUAAGUUUUUGUUUUUGUUUUUUGUUUUUGUUUUUUUUAAGGUAGGUAGGGCUAUUAACCUGCUCAGGCAACCAGAACAAAAUACAGAUUGGUAGUUUGGAGAGCAGACAUUUUCUUUUACUUCAGAAGCUGGAAGGCUGAAUCCCUAUGAUCUAUUCUGCAAAAGAAUCUUCAUGGCUGCUGUCUUGCUCUACUCAUUUGGCCUUUAUCUUAUAUACUUGCAGUAGCAGAGCCCUAUUGAUCUCAACUAACCUUAGCCUCUUCCUUAAAAAGCUCAUCAUCACGUACUUUUCUGUGUGGUAUGUUACAUGGAGUCUAAGAACUAUGGAUUUAGAGGGCAGGGACAUAAUACAACCCAUAGCAUUGGCAGGAAGAAAACAACCCAGUUUAACAUUUUAAAAAUAGGAGCUAAAAUGCAGGCAAACCACAGAACAAAGGUUUAUAUUUUUCUUUUUUACCAUGGGAAGCAGCUUUUAUUGGCCUGUUGUCUCCAGAAACCACAAAAGCUAUGUGCUCUCAGUUAUGCCCAUGCUUCCAAGAUAACCUCCAGGGCUCUACUUGGAGAAGGGAUACAAAUUGCCUGUUUCAAGGACCAAGUCUUCCCUGUACAGAUUAACUUACAAACCUGAACAAAGGGUUUUUUAUUGGUGUAUCAAUCUUGUUAUUGUGGUUUAUGAAUGUUAUAUACCCAAAGCGAGUGUUAAACAUUAAAUUUUCCUUUCAAAUAGAAAGAUGAACACUGAACAUAUUAGCACUAAGACUAGCAAGUACUGUUAUAAGAAUGUUAAGAUUAUGAAGAGAAAGUAAUUCACAAUGUUCUGAUUGCUUUGAAAGUAAAUAUGGAUGAGUUUCAGGAAAUUAAGCAAUACUUGUGUCAAGUUCUAAAUACCAAAAGUUGAUUUUGAAAAGAUGUCAUUAAGAAUAUUAGAAUACAAAAGUCUAAUGAAUGAUCUCUGAAAAGCUUUAUGAAACUUUAUUGAAACAUUAAAAACACCAGUUCAUCAUGUUUAUUGGAAACAUUGCCAUCAUUGUUAUAGAUGGAAAAAUUUAAAUAAUUUUCUAGAAAUCCUUUGAGGAGAUGUAACAGACUGAUUUUGAGAUGCUUUGACAAGCAAAUACAAGUGGGUUCUUGGAGAAUGAACUAGGGGAUGUGCUCUGCUGGUUAAGGCAGUGAGGGUGUGUGUUUACCAUGAGAAAGUUUACUAUUGAUGUGGAUACAAAGCAAAGUAGUGACCUAUAAUAGAGUCCAGAAAUUGAUUAUGCUUAUGUGGAGACAAAUGGUAUGUAGCAGUUUAUUCAACCCAUGAUGCCAGAAAAUUUUGUUACUCACUUGGUGAUGGGGAGAAAAAUUGAAUAUACUUUAAGCAAAAAAUAAUCUUUGGCUAUUGACUUCUAUUUGCAAAAUUCAAAAUUAUAUUUUCAGGAGUUGAGGUUAUGGAAUUUUUAAUAAAGGAACUGAUUUUAAGACCAGUGACAUUGAACUUGAUGCUCAUAAACUUCUUCCAGUGUGUUCAAAUUCUAUCAUUUCCUUGUUUCUGUCUGUCCUUGUAGAGAAACAAGACUUCUUACCUUUCUGGUAGUUCUACACUUCCUUUAGGUACCAGUCACCAUUCUCUUCUGGUUGAUUCCCAGCACUUUUCUGUAGUUAUGUGAUAAAAUACCAUGACAAAAGCAUUGUAAGGACGAAAAGGUUUAUUUGGGUAUACAGUUCCAAAGGAAGCAGCAGGACAGCCCAUUGUACAUUGUGGGAAGCAAAGAACAGAAAAUGGGGCCAGCAUAAAAUCUUAAAGCCCAUCCCUAGUAACAGUAAUGUACUUCCUUUUGCCAGGUUCUACCUCCUAAGGUUUCCAUAAUGUUCCCAAACAAUGCCACCAGCUGGCGAUUUUGUUUUCAAACACAUGAAAUGGAGGGGAAUGCUUUGCAUUCAAGCCACAAUGACACUCCCUUUGAAAUUGAGUCUCAGUCUUCCAUAUUCUUUGUGACCCAAAUAUCUUCCUUGUCCAUGACACUGGGCAUUAUUUGCAUCUCAACAAAGAGCUGCUGAAUUUAAGAUCAUAGAAGUGACAGUCUAUGCCUUCUGUGAACCAGAGCAGGUUCACAAAGCUGUUCUGUAAGACAGACUAAACCAUGCAGAAGAGACGGGUACAGUAAAGUAACAAGAGGAGGUAGAUCUCAGAAAAAAAAAUUGAAAUUAACAAGGAGAUGAGAUUCAUGAACAGAACAAGGAUCAGGGUGGCCUAAAUUCUAAUAUGUUGGGAUUCACUGAAGGGAUAUUUCUGGUUCUGACUGUCACCGAGUUUAUUCUUGGAAAUCUGGUGAACGGUUUCAUUGUGUCAGUCAAUGGCAGCCAUUGGUUCAAGAGCAAGAAGAUUUCUUUGUCUGACUUCAUCAUUACCAGCUUGGCCCUCUUCAGGAUCUUUCUGCUGUGGAUCAUCUUUACUGAUAGCCUCAUAAUAGUGUUCUCUUACCACACCCACGACUCAGGGAUAAGGAUGCAACUUAUUGAUGUUUUCUGGACAUUUACAAACCACUUCAGUAUUUGGCUUAUCUCCUGUCUCAGUGUUUUCUACUGCCUGAAAAUAGCCACUUUCUCCCACCCCUCAUUCCUCUGGCUCAAAUGGAGAGCUUCUAGAGUGGUUGUUGGGAUGCUGUGGGGUGCACUGGUCUUAUCCUGUGUCUGCACCAUGUCUCUGAUGAAUGAAUUUAAGAUCUAUUCUGCCCUCACUGGAAGCAGAGACACACAGAAUAUGACUGAAUAUAUCAGAUUGAAGAGACAUGAAUAUAAUCUGAUGCAUGUUCUUGGGAAUCUGUGGAAGAUCCCUUCCUUAAUCGUUUCCCUGAUUGCCUACUUUCUGCUCCUUCUCUCUCUGGGGAAGCACACACAGCAGAUGCAGAAAUACAGUGUUGGCUCCAGAGAUCAGAGUGCGGAGGCCCACAGGAGAGCCAUGAGGAUCAUCCUUUCCUUUCUCUUAUUCUUCCUAUUCUACUUUCUUUCCUUUGUAAUUUUGUCAUCCAGUCGUUUUCUACCAGAAACCAAGAUUGCCAGGAUAAUUGGAGUAGUAAUUACAAUGUCAUACCUUGUGGGUGAUUCAUUAAUUCUUAUUUUAGGUAACAACAAGCUGAAGCAGACAUUUGUAGCCAUACUCCCAUGUGAGUGUGGUCAUCCAAAGCCUGGAUCUAAGAGGUUCUUUGCUUCAUAAACAGCCAAGAUUGUAGGAUGGGGAACUCUUCAGCCUGGUUUAGAUAUGGAGUCUUUCUGACUUUCAGUGUAUCAAUCGAUACCAUCAAUAGAAGAGAUGCUGCUUGCUUUCCUCCUGAUCCUACCUGGCUUGGUGGUGAAAAGCUUCUUAGCUCUCCAUUGAAUCAUUUGGACAGGUGCAACAGUCUCUGGGAAAUGCCAGUGUAAGAACACUCACUAUAUAGACACGGAACUGUAUUUUAAUAACCAUUAGUUUAAACAGAACCAGUCUGUGUAUUAGUUUUAUCUGACAUUUUAUGAUGGAAAAAGCAUUUUUUUCCCUACAGAUGUGGAUUUGAAUUUCAGUUGUUAACUUUCCAUUUUUGUCUUUGGAUGAAUUUUUGUGAUUUUUUUCCAAAUAAGAUAUAUUGAUGUUUAAUUAAUAUUAUUUAAAGAGAAGAAUAGACAUCGAUUUACUUAUUGUCAUUGAAUACCUUUGUCAAGUCAAUAAGAAUAUCUAGAUUUCUAAUAUGACUAAAUAAUUACCCUGGAUUUUACAUCCAAGUACUUUGAUGCCUAAAGGGAAAUAUUGUAACCACAAAUGAUCUAAGCACAGAACCAGAUUUAUAAAGGAAACAUGAAAGAUCAGGCGUUUUUAUUAGGUGAACCCUAAACAGAUUAUGACACAAAUCCUUUUCUCUGCUGUUCUCCCUUCAUCAUGACUCAAGAAAACAUGUCUCAAAGGAAGGGAUUGUUCUGCUAACUUACUGGGUUAGCUUGAGUGAAGCCAUCUCAUAUGUGAUGGGAUAUGAGUGGCAGUGGCAUGGUCAGAGUGCAGUUGGAAAAACUGCAGGAUACACAGACUGGUUCAGAUAGGCCAUGGAGGGUAGGGAGGUGGAAAGAGUGAGGCUUGAGGAGCCCCAUGAUAUUCUGUGAUUUCUUUUUUGUAAAUUUUUGUCCUGCUGUUAUUUUUUAAUUACAUUUUUAAAAUUAAUCAUUCCAUUCAUUUAUAUCUCAAAUGAUAUCCCACUUCCUGGUUACCCCUCCACCAGCCCCCCAUCCCAAUCCACCCUCCUCCCUACCCUUUGCCUGCAUGAAAGUGCUCCCUCACCCACCCACACUCUACCACCCCACUGCUCCAGCAUCCCCCUACAUUGGGGUAUUAAGCCUCCCCUGGACCAAGGGCUCUCCUCCCAUUGCUGUCAGGCAAGGCCAGCCUCUGCUACAUAUGCAUCUGGAACCUGGAUCCCUCUAGGUACACUCCUUGGUUGGUGGUCUAGACUCUGGGAGAACUGGGUACUCAGGCCAGCCUGUGUUGUUCUUCUAAGGGGGUUGCAAUCCCCCUCCUCUCCUCCGGUCCUUCUACCAGCUCCUUCACCAGGUUCCCUGAGCUCAGUCUGAUGGUUGGCUCCAAGCAUCCACAUCUGCAUUGGUCAGUUGCUGGCCAGACUUCCUCAGGACACGCCGAAAUAGGUUCCUGUCGGCAAGCACCUCUUGAUCACGGCAACAGUGUUGGGUUUGGUGUCUGCAGACAGGAUCCUCAGGUGGGGCAGUCCCUGGUUGGCCCUUCCUUCAGUCUCUGUUCCAAUUUUUUCCCUUCAGUCUCUGUUCCAAUUUUUUCCCCUGUUCUUCUUUUAGAUAGGAACAUUUCUGGGUUAAAAACUUUGAGAUGGGUGGGUGUCCCCAUCCCUCGACCCGGGGCUGUGCCUAUCUGCUGGAGGAGGUCUCUACAGGUUCUCUCUCCCCCUUCUUUGCAUAUUUAGUCUAAAGUCAUUUCUGUUGGGCCCUCGGAUCCUCUAGUUUCCCUGGUAUCUGGGACCCUCUAGUGGCUAUCCCCAGUUCCUCAUCCCCCCUCCCCCUGCUACAUAUUUUUGUUCGACUUCUUGACCCUCUGUACCUCUCUCACAUCUCCUCCAGAUCCCGACUUCUUUCCCCCUCGCAGGUCCCCCUUCCCCUCCACCUCCCACAAUCAUCUUGUUAUUCUGUGAUUUCUAUUAAGUAAAGCUGCCAAGAAACUGAAAUAGUCUCAGGCUAGAACACUCUGAUUUGGGUUUGAAGUUCUUUGAGCCUGCCAUGACACCCACUAGUUUUUCUGCUCUUGGAGGAACAGAUUCCCAAUUCAAUUAAGCUUGUUUGUAAUUAGGCAUUUCUAAGAAAAUAAUACCAGGAGUGAAGAAAUAGUAAUUUAAUCCUUGAACGAUUUGCAUCUCAGUAAAAGCAGCUGCCUCUUAGAGCAGAAAUGGAGUGUUUGCCACGCUGGAAAAUAAAAAGGAGAUCUCUUUCCAGGCUGCGUCCUGAGCCUGCUUACUUAUUUCAGUUUGUUUUCAUUGGCAGCUAACGGGGAAAGAUGCUCUGGGAACUGUAUGCAUUUGUGUUUGCCGCCUCAGUUGUUUUUAAUUUUGUAGGAAUAGUUGCAAAUUUAUUUAUUAUAGUGAUAAUUUCUAAGACUUGGGUCAAAAGUCACAAAAUCUCCUCUUCAGAUAAGAUCCUGUUCAGCUUGGCCAUCACUAGAUUCCUGACCCUGGGGUUGUUUCUACUGAACACUGUCUACAUUGCUACAAACACUGGAAGGUCAGUCUACUUUUCCACGUUUUUUCUCUUGUGUUGGAAGUUUCUGGACUCCAACAGUCUCUGGCUAGUGACCUUUCUGAACUGCUUGUAUUGCGUGAAGAUCACUCAUUUCCAACAUCCAGUGUUUCUUCUGUUGAAACGGACUGUCUCUAUGAAGACCACCAGCCUGCUGCUGGCCUGCCUUCUGAUUUCUGCCUUCACCACUCUCCUAUAUUUUGUGCUCACACAGAUAUCACGUUUUCCUGAACACAUAAUUGGGAGAAAUGACACAUUAUUUGACGUCAGUGAUGGCAUCUUGACGUUAGCGGCUUCUUUGAUCCUGAGCUCACUUUUACAGUUUCUGCUCAAUGUGACCUUUGCUUCUUUGCUAAUACAUUCCCUGAGAAGACAUGUACAGAAGAUGCAGAGAAACAGGAGCAGCUUUUGGAAUCCCCAGACGGAGGCUCACGUGGGCGCCAUGAGGCUGAUGAUCUGUUUCCUCGUGCUCUAUAUUCCAUAUUCAAUCGCUGCCUUGCUCUAUUUCCCUUCCUAUAUGAGGAAGAAUCUGAGAGCCCAGGCUGCUUGCAUGAUCAUUACUGCUGCUUACCCUCCAGGACAUUCUAUCCUCCUUAUUAUCACACAUCACAAACUGAAAGCUAAAGCAAAGAAGAUUUGCUGUUUCUACAAAUUGCGGGAUUUCGUUAGUAACUGAGAGCAUCAGUUCAUGGUUCGGCUGCAUUAGAAACUUCCCAGUGAUCUAAGGGCUUAAUUUUGUGACCCUUUAUCUGGCAUCCUGACUCUGGGGUUGAGUGCUUAUGUUUUGGUCAACACUGCACUUCUUGGCUAAUAUUUUAGAGUAAAGCACAUUCCAUAAGAAAUUGUUUGAGGUGUUUGUGUAUUUUUCAUGGUUAUCAUAUUCCUAGACAAUGGAAAUCACCAUACUGUUUCACUAGCAGCUGAAGUGUAGGGAGCUACAUUGUGGUGUACUUGGUUAGCACGGAUUAGAGAAUUGGCUCUGAACUGAACAAGAUAUCACCAGUAGCUGAAUUGCCACUGAGAGGAGAUUAGCUUAAGUGUGGCAAGAUAGCACAGGAAGAAAAGAGGAGGGUUUCAGAGAAAAAUAAAGGGCAAGUGUGUAUUUUAGGCAUGCCAGAUAAAGGAUCCUGAUUUGCAAGCAUCCACCAAGCAACCCUAGAGAUGAAUUUUCGCUUGAUCUAGAGAGGGUCAGAGUUGAUAGGUCAUGGGUAAGGACUGAUAGUAAACAAUCCAAAUAAAAUGGUAGAAACUCAAAGAAUCUAUCCUAAUAUCUAGAGAGGUAACCCUAGGACAAAAGCAAGUUCUAUUCAAAUAUUGAGAGUAACACUGUGUGAGUGAAGAUUUACAGAGCAGGGCAGCCGCUCCCUGUGAAACAGAGUUCAGGGGAAAGGCCAAGAAGCAUUGAACUGGUGGGGAGUGCUGGACUUGUGGGCUUAUUUCUCUGGUUUCUACAUUCCACAGCUGUCUAGAAGAAUGCUGUUUUGGACAAUCUGAUGAUGUGUGUUGAAAGUGGGAAUUGGGCAAUGAUUAUUUACAAUUAUAUAGUUAAAAUAAAUUGCUUAUGUAAUAUUUAUACAUCUCAAAAUGAAUAAACCUUCACAAUGUCCAGA